AGCCUGCCAAGCUGUGGCUGAGCGAAGUGAAUGACGUCUCUGCUUUAGCGGGCCGCCGACGCAGGGCUGGGUUUCCAUUUUCACAUCGAGUUACGGGGGGGAACGUCAACAUGGAGCCGGAGAUGGAGGACAAAACGUUGGAAUUAAUGUGCUCUGUGCCUCGCUCUCUCUGGCUGGGCUGUUCCUCGGUGGCAGAGAGUUUGUGUGCACUCAGGUGCCUGCAGAGCAUCCCCACCACCCGGGCUCACAACCAGACCACAUCUGUCAUGGAGUCUCAGAACCUGGUGGACGACCUCUCGCCAAAGAAGAACACAGUUCUCAAGCUGAACAACGGACAGGUGACGAGCUCACGCAAGCGUCCGUCGGAGGGCAACUACGACAAGGAGAAGGAGCACUGCAUGGUGCUGUUUGACCAGUGGUCGGAGGCGGACCAGGUGGAGUUUGUGGAGCACCUGAUCUCACGGAUGUGCCACUACCAGCACGGCCACAUCAACUCCUACCUCAAACCCAUGCUGCAGAGAGACUUCAUCACGGCGCUGCCAGCCCAGGGCCUGGACCACAUAGCGGAGAACAUCCUGUCCUUCCUGGACGCGCGCUCGCUGUGCUCGGCAGAGCUGGUGUGUAAGGAGUGGCAGAGGGUGAUAUCUGAGGGCAUGCUGUGGAAGAAGCUGAUUGAGCGCAUGGUCCGCACCGACCCCCUGUGGAAGGGCCUGUCGGAGAGACACCAGUGGGAGAAGUAUCUGUUCAAGAACCGCACCACAGAAGUCCCGCCCAACUCCUACUACCACUCCCUCUACCCCAAGAUCAUCCAGGACAUUGAGACCAUUGAGGCUAACUGGCGGUGUGGCAGACACAACCUGCAGAGGAUCCAGUGUCGCUCAGAGAACAGUAAAGGAGUGUACUGUCUCCAGUACGACGACGACAAGAUCAUCAGUGGCCUUAGAGACAACUCCAUUAAGAUUUGGGACAAACAGUCUCUGGAGUGUCUGAAGAUCUUGACAGGGCACACAGGCUCAGUGUUGUGUCUGCAGUAUGACGAGAGGGUGAUCGUCACUGGCUCCUCUGACUCUACCGUCAGGGUAUGGGAUGUGGCGUCAGGCGAGGUGCUGAACACUCUGAUCCACCACAACGAGGCGGUGCUCCACCUGCGCUUCAGCAACGGCCUGAUGGUCACCUGCUCCAAGGACCGCUCCAUCGCCGUGUGGGACAUGGCGUCCGCCACCGACAUCAGCCUGCGGCGCGUGCUGGUGGGCCACCGCGCCGCCGUCAACGUGGUGGACUUUGACGACAAGUACAUCGUCUCCGCCUCCGGAGACCGCACCAUCAAGGUGUGGAGCACCAGUACGUGCGAGUUUGUGCGCACGCUGAACGGACACAAACGAGGCAUCGCCUGCCUGCAGUACCGAGACAGACUGGUGGUCAGUGGGUCCUCAGACAACACCAUCCGGUUAUGGGACAUAGAGUGCGGGGCGUGUUUGCGUGUGCUGGAGGGACACGAGGAGCUGGUGCGCUGCAUCCGCUUCGACAACAAAAGGAUUGUUAGCGGAGCCUACGACGGUAAGAUUAAGGUGUGGGACCUGCAAGCUGCCUUGGACCCUCGAGCCCCUGCCAGCACUCUGUGUCUGCGGACCCUGGUGCAGGAGCAUUCGGGCCGCGUGUUCCGGCUGCAGUUCGACGAGUUCCAGAUCAUCAGCAGUUCUCACGACGACACCAUCCUCAUCUGGGACUUCCUGAACGUGUCGACCAAUGGGCAGUCAGAGGGGCGGUCCCCGUCACGCACCUACACCUACAUCUCCAGAUAGCAGGUGGCGCCAUCCACCACAGCGCUUUCUGGAGGAUCGGAGGGGCUGAUUGGCUGAUGGGGUGUGUCCGUCGUCCAACCCACGUCCUUCUCCCCCUGUUCAUCUCAUUUCCGACAAAGACUUGUCCACCUCGAGACUGUUUUUGCAACGGAAAGUCCCCUACUCCUAGAAUGCACACGUGAGCGCACACACAGACACGCGCAAACGUUCAUGUUAUUUCACACAUUUGUGUUCCACAAAUCUAACCCGGGAUUGUAGAAACUGAUCUAAUGAGAAAAACCAUCUCCCAGACUCCACUCACUCAGCCUGUUCUGCUGGCACGUUGUCCCUCCCUCACCGCCUCACGCACACUUGGUAACACACACAGGUGGACAGAAGACGACCUCAGAGCCGUUGCUAGAGAGAGAAAGACUCUUAACUCGGCUCCUAAGUAGGACGGACGGAAGAUGGGAAGGACGCAAGAGGAGAGGUGGAUGGAGAAAGGGAGGGGGAAGAGCAGUGGAGGGGUGACGUGUGCACCGCCCCCCACCUCCUCCCUCUCACCCUUCCAGACGGACACAUCCCUCAUCUGGAAUGGGGGGGGGUGCGUGCGCGCGCGUGUGAUUGUGUUAAUGUAUGUGGACUUGUGAAACGCGGCACAGAACAGAAUUGUCAGAUGUGCAUGCCAGGUUGCGUUGGACACAUUGUCCCAACCCAACCUUUUGCUCUUUUCUUUUCAUUUAAUCCUCCUUUAACUUUUUUCUUUUUAUUAUUGUAUUUUUUUUUUGGAACAUACUAAGCAUAGUUCUGUCUCGGUCUCUUACUGUCUUCUCAUUCUCUUCUCUCUCUCUGUCUUCUCUCUCUUCAUCUUCCUAUCAUAUGUGUGCUUGCUUUGGUCUUGAGAUAAGCUGAAACUCAGUUUAGCUGUAAAUCGUCUCGUCUCAAAUUGUGUUGUAUAUUAAAAAUGAUUUUUUAAAGAAAAUAUGACAUUAUUGUGAAUAAAGUACUUGACAUGGGUGGAGUGUUGAGAGCCAACUAUAACAUGA